AUGGAAGAUUUUAAAAUGUUUGAUUGGAAAAAAUGGUGUUGUCUGUGUGGAGGAUGGGAAAACGUAGAGAAUGUAGAGGAUGAUAUUGGAAACACUUUAGAAAAUAUUUUCGAGAUUCAGUCAAGAAACACAUACAUUUGUAUCGAUUGCAAUGCAUAUGUUCAUGACUUUCAAGAAUUUUUCAAGAAAUCGAAAAUUAUAAGCUCAAUACUCGAAGACCUCAAUCAGAAACAUUCGGAAGGCAGUCUAACUAAUGAAACGAUUUUUGAAAUCCGACAAAUUCUGAAUUUACCAAUAAAUCAGUUAGUUAUGUAUCUUCAUCCUGAAACUAUUGAAGAAGAUCUUAUCGAUAUCGUACAAUUUGAAUUAAUCGAUAACAAUCAAGAUGAAAUUGAAUAUUUGAUAGAUGAUGGAAAUAAAUUUGAUGAUCAAAAUACUGAAGAAGAAAAAAAGGAAGAAAAUGAAAUAUUAUCGGUCGAAAAACAUGUAUCAGAAACCGUUUCGUUUGAGACUUUUGAUUGUUUCACAGAGGAAGAAGAAAUAUCAAAUGAAAAUGAUUUGAACGAUUCAUCAAAAUUAAAUUUUGAAAGUUUCUUCGAUUUAAGCUGUCAUAUAUGUGGUGAAAGUUUUGAGAAAAUUCAUUUUCUUUGUUCCCACAUGAAAAGUGUUCACAAUACAAAACCAAAAGUUAAUUGUGUUUCUGGAAAAAUAAUCGAAUCAACACAAGGACUCAAUCAACAUUACGAGGAACACGUUAUGGAUAAAAAAGAAUUCUUCCGUUGUUCAGAAUGCAAUAAAACUUACCAAUGGUAUUCGGGAUUCAAGAAUCAUAUGAAAACUUAUCAUGGAGAGUUACAUGACCAGCGAAAAUUUCAUUGUGAUGUUUGCGGAAAAUCAUUUAAAGAAGCGCGUCAUCUGUCAGUUCAUAUGAAUUCUCAUCUCCCAGAUGAAUUGAAGUUUGUUCAUACUUGUGAGUAUUGUGAUAAAAAAUAUUCAAGUACUUUCAGUCUGAAACAACACAUUAAACAUGUUCAUGUCAAGGAUGAAAACUUCAAAUGUCAUUCUUGCGAUAAAACUUUCUCAAGAAAAGCCAAUUUAGAUUCUCAUCUUAAUCACGUUCACACAACUGAACGUAAAUUUAGCUGCGAUGUUUGUGGACUUAAAUUGAAAACAAAAAGUAUUCUUCGUGUUCAUAAGAAAAUUCAUUCAACAAAUCCUGAUGACUUUCUUCCUUGUCCUACAUGCAAACGUCAAUUUAAAACGCAAAAUCAGUUGACCAAUCAUAUGAUUUCACAUAAUCCUAUGAAAAGAUUCAAAUGCACGAUUUGUCCAGCUGAAUAUAAAAGAUCUAAAGAACUUAAUAGUCACAUAUCAUCACUUCACACAGGUGUUCAUCAGUAUUCAUGUGAAUGGUGUCCAAAGAAAUUCUUCAACAAUAGCAACUUUAGAAAACACAAACUCAAACUUCAUCAAAAAGAAAUUGAAGAUAUUGAGAUAAAAAUAGAAAAUUUAAUUGAUGUUGAGUGA